UCUAGAUUAGAUACAGGAUAUAGGAUGAAUCUUAGUGAGGAUGUAUUGAAGGGAUUGGAAGCACUCUCUGAUGAAAAGACCAUUCCAAAUGAUGCUUUCAAGGCAUUGAUCGAAUGUGCCUUUGCUGUGAUCCUAAAGACUGACACUGAGAGUACACUUUAUGAGAACAAUGCAUUGAAGUCAGCAGAUGUUAUUGCUGUCAAACAGACUUACUCAGCAUUCGUCACCUUCAUUCUGGAAUCAAUGAAGAUUAAUAUAGAUAAUACAACAAUAACUUCAACAUUGGAGGAUCACAAGCUGUCUGGACCAAGGAUUCAGUUGAUCGUGAGCAUGUUCACCAAGCAUAGAGUGGCCAUCAGAAAGACAUUGUCCAUCACCAACUUCCACUUUCCACACAUCAUCGACGUCAAUUGGAGACUGGACUACUUUAUGAAGUCAAACUCGAUCGAGAAGGUCAACAAGCCCGUCUACUUUAUCAACUUGACCACAGAGCGCGAGGAGGGCGAGAAGGGAGAGGUUCAAUUCGCCUGCACCCUCGAUCAGCUGCAAGACCUCGUCUUUAAGCUGAGAGACGCACAGAAGCAGAUUGAGCGAUCAUCCAUCAAGUCAUAA